GUGCAGCGUUCUUCCAGAAGGCUUAUAUAUACAUAUUAUAUUCGUAUUAUAUAUAUAUAUAUUCUAUUUGACGAUAUAUAUAUAUAUACAGGAUAUGUCUGUUUGACGAUAUAUAUGUAUACAGGAUAGGUACUUGCAAAGGUUUCUUGGAGUUGAAGACGGAGCGGAUUGAUUGAUCUGCCUGCACAUCUAUUCCAAUCUGGAGUUUUGGCGAUCACGAGAGAGAGAGAGAGAGGCCGCUCGAGGGGAGAAGUGGCCUCGUAAUAAUCAUCAGUGGCAAGCUGUUCAUUGGAGGAGAGAGAGAGAGAGAGAGAGGCAAAAUGAUGAAAUCAUUGAGAGCGCUGGUUUCGAAAAAUAAGCGGCGGUACAAGCAAAAUGGAUUUGACCUGGAUCUUAGCUAUAUCGUCACAAACCGGAUUACUGCGAUGAAAUGAAUCAUUCCGGUUUCUGUGGGAAGAUGCAUUUCCCUUUUCUUUGUCUCUCGCUCUUUUUAUUUUUCUUCUUCUUGUUUUUGAGUUAGAGCAACGGCAUGGUGUGCAGCUUUUUUCCUUUUUUUUUGUUUUUUUCUCCCAUAACAAAAGAACCCUUUUGUUAAACAGAGCAACAAUAUGACCCUUGAUGGAUGAAUCUUUCCAGUUUCUGUGGGAAGAUGCACUUCCCUUUUCUUUGUCUCUCUUUCCUAUUCUUCUUGUUUUUUAGUUAGAGCAUCGACAUUGCGUGCAAUUCUUUGCACUUCCCUUUUCUUCGUCUCUCUUUUUUAUUCUUCUUGUUUUUUAGUUAAGAGCAUCGACAUCACGUGCAAUUYUUUUCCUUUUUUUUUKUUCCUUCCCCCCCCCCCCCCAAAAAAAAAAAAAAGAAGCCYUUUUURUUUUGRACARAGYAGCAAUAUGACCCUUKACWAACUGGAGGGUGGYYUCRGAUAUCGUCASAAASCGRAUUAUUGCRAUGGGGUWUCCUUCCGRWGGGACAGAGGGGAUGUACCGCAACCCUAUGAGUGAGGUGAUACGAUUUCUUACAAAAUAUCACGAUCAUCAAUACAAGAUAUACAAUUUCUGCUCUGAGAGGGUUUAUGAUGCGGCCAAGUUCGCUGGACGCGCGGACCCAAAGAAUGUUGCAGUGUGCCAUUGUAAGGCUGGCAAGGGUGUGACCAUUGCCAGCCAACGGCGAUAUGUCAGGUACUUCUAUGAGUCGAUGACAGAAGGGCCUCGUCCGGUGAAUGAAGUAAAGCUGACUCGCAUCAAGUUGUCUUCAAACUGUGUGGAAGCGCAAGGCGAAGAGAGGACAGCCUUCUUCUUUGAGAUAUCCAGCAAUAAAGGGAACGGGAGUUACAAGAUGGAGCGCAUUGUGUCUACUCUGGAGGAUAGCAGCAUCGUAUCUGGCCAUGACAAGUGCGGCAGGGAUUUGUUCAUCGAUGUGAAACCUGUAUGGUUGGAAGGAGAUGUCAGGGUCCAGCUUUUCGAGAAGACGUUCUUUGGCCAUUCGUCCAGGUCCUUGUUUUAUUUCUGGUUCAACACGUCCUUUGUAUCUCCAGGAGACCCUCUGGAACUCUUCCGUGACGAUCUCGACAAGCCGAUGAAGGGUUUGGACUCGGAGACACACAUCCAGCUGUUCUUUGAAGAGAGCCGACAGUCCGACAGGAAGGUGCUUUCCGUUGGAGAAGUGCUUAGCUUACCUCAGCGAGAAAUGAGCUUCCUGCCGCUGUCACCGUCGCCGUAUCCACUGAAGGUAUUGCACUCAGGCGCGUCAGCAAAAGUGCGACAGCUCCCGGACGAGCAGGACGAGGGAAGUGACUUCAGCAGGAGAUGGGAUCCGGAUGAAAGCGGUGAUGUUUCAGAAGUAAGGGAGAUGAAGAUACUGCACGGAGGGUCUGUGAGAGAAGGACAACGCCGCGAUGCGGUGCAGGACGGAUUCAACUCGAGCAAGAGGUGGGACACGGAUGAGUCGAUCGAUAUUCCAUCCAGUGUAGAGAAACCUUCGUCGUCGUCGUCGUCGUUGAGGAAGUCAGCGAGUGGUACCAGGUAUGGAUUGGAACCGGGGAAUGGAUGGACCAGGGGGUUCUCGGGGAUUAUGCGGUACUACCGCAAGCCAUCUUUAAAGAAGUAAUAAAAUAAAUGCUGAAACUUGUUCGUUUGCGAAGAGAGCCAGCCCUCUCGCCCCCGCUCAUUUCUUUCUCCCUAUAAGGGAAUUAUUGAUGGCUUACACCCUUCAUGGGGGGUUUACGGGAGAGGGUCCUUUAGGGUCUGGUGGUGGGGGGGGGGGGGGGGGUCACAUGGGACCCCUGCGUGCAUUACUAGCACAAGCCACCAUCGUUAAAGAAAGCAAUGAAUGCUCGCUUGUGGCGAGGACCCCCAUCUCUCUCUCUUCACCCCUCUCUGUUUUCCCCCCCAUGGAUGCACAAGUUUGUCGGGGUGCAAUUGAGAGGUGCGAGGAGGAGGAGGAGGGGGAGGUGUUGCGGAACUCAUUCUUAGAGGGACUGGGAGGGCCUUCUUAUCUUUCGUUCUAACCGUUUGUUUGACGCUGAGGUGCCGAGCGAGUCUCCCCUCCUCUGUCCGCCUUUUGCGUGCUCCCUUUCCUUCCCUUUGGCGUGUGAGUGCGAGUCUUUCAAUUAGUGGGAGGGAAGAUGCAGCGCUGCCUAAGGCGGCUGCGAAGGCGCCAUUUCUUCUUGCAUCAUGAUGGGCGGUGUGCGGCUCAGGACCUGUUGGUUGGAGAGAAGUGUUCAGAAGGUUAUGUUCUUCCAGUCAAUUGUCUUCUGUGUGUAUAAGGCAAGAAUGGAGGAAGGAAGGAGCAUGUAUGCUGAGGAAAGCGAACAUGUGUGAGGAGGGAACGAUGGUCGCGGCGCAGACUGAGAAUCGUACGAUGAUGAGAAGGGACAAAAGAGAACGGGGGUCACAGACAGGGCAAUGCCCGGUCUGACAUAUGAUUGUAAAGACUGGAGUUUGAAAAGUAGGAGAGAGAGGGGAGAGGAUGAAAAGUUUGGAGAUGGAAGGGGGAGCGUAUCUGUGACUCAUAAGAGAGAGAGUGUGUGUAACAUCAAGGUAAGGUAAGGUUCGAGACGUGGUUUUAGGUGGAGAGGUCUCUCAUGAGAGAGAGAGAGAGAGAGAGAGAGAGAGAGAGAGAGAGAGAGAGAGAGACGUCGCAAUCGGGCUCCCGACAGGGAAUUGGGAUCACCGCACUCGGUAUCCGCUCGACAGAGAGAGAGUCGGGAUCGGCGGGGUUGAGGAUCCACGGGAGACGGUCAAGGCCAGGUAAGCUUCGAGACGUUGUCUUUUAGGUGGGAGAGGGCGACAUGGAUUGAAAGCGCUUCUGAGAGGACAAGUGUGUGGAGGUGAUAUGUUCCUUUCAGAUGGUGCGGACUAGUAAUAGUUCAGGAGGGAGGAUUAUUGGAAGAGAGAAAGGGUUAUUGGGAGUGAGAGGAGUAUUGGGAGUGAGAGGAGUAUUGGGAGAGAGAGGUACUGGGGAGAGGGGUGGUAGAUGAUGUAAUUCUCUGCAACCCGGUUAACCGUUGAAGUGUGGCGACAGUUAGCUAUAGCUUGAGUGGGUGAAAUAUUUCGCACUCUCUGGUUUGUGAGAGGGGGGGGGUGUGGGUGUGGAGGCAUUCCCCUACUGGGCGGACUUGCGCGAGAUGAUCAAUGUAGUUAGGUAUUGUUUGGUUGGAGUGUGUUGUGGAGUAGCCUCGACCAGAUCCAUUUACAAUGUUUGUGCUGUGCAGUGGAUCUGGGCAACCGCCGCGUCCAGAAGUGGUUUGUAUACUCGUUGUUGUUUGUGCUGUGGUUGUGGGGUCUUUUCUCGUCUUCUCUUCUAUGGGCUGCGCUCCACUGCACGGCAUUGUAAAUGGAUCUGGAUGCGGCGGGUGUCCUAUACAUUCGAAAUGUUCUAUCAGUCCAGUCCGAAUGUAUUUGGUUCGGGGGGAUGUCCAGGUAUGUGUCGAAUGUCGAGGAGUGGAGCGAGGCCCUGUCAGAGGGAAAAGGUACGUCUGCAGAUCCCAUCCACAC